UGAAGCAUGAUAGAACAGACCCUGUUUUAAGGAAUUAUCAAAUUUAUACAGUACUCCUUUAUGUGAUACAUCAUGCAAGUGGAAAUUAUCUUACUAGUGAUAACCGUAUUUGGCUUAUCCAUGUUCUGUUUAAUACUAAUUAUCCUACAUCAUAAAACUUCGACUGUCAAUCAUACUGAACAGUACACUAGACAUUUACGCUGUGGAUAUUUCACAUCAUCAGCAAAAUUUAUUAAAUGUAUGAAUUUAUGUCAAAAAUUUUGUAAACUUCCUAAAACUUCUUUAUCACAUGAUUUUGAUUGUGAAGAUAAUCUACAAAAGCCCUACCCUCUGUCUACUACAAUCGCUAAGAAUAAUUUGCAUUUAAAGUCUCUUCCGACUCCUGUAAAAUAUGACACAAAGGCAGUGCUUACAAAUCACCAUCUGCCAUCGAAAUUUAUCUACCAAAAAAGUGAAGAGAAGAAGAAGGUGAAACGAUCUAAUACACCACAGAAUUGUAAUUAUCCACCGCCAACACCUUGGAUGAUGAUGAUGUUCAGUAAUGAAAUGACUAUUAAGAAUAUCAACAUGUACAAAGCCUCAGAAUCAUCGUUCAGUUGUAGUCAUUUAGAUGAAAUGUUAGAUCCAUUCGACAGUAUAGAUGAUUCAAGUCAUUUAGACAGUUUAUUAGACAAAAUUCCAAAUCACAGGUUGUAUGCAAACAGUUCACGUCGAUUAGACAGCAGAAAUUUGCAUAGUAAAACAUUGGCGUUGAAGUAUAAAAAUUAUUUAUCGAAAAUAAAACAGUCAUCAACUAAAUCGGAUAGACAUGAAAUAAAACUAUCUGCAGCUACAGAUGCAAAUAAAUUGUUACUCUUCAAUCAACAGAAGUCAAAUCACUCUAACAAUGGACAUUUACAAUCACCAUGGAUCAAAGCAAACAAGGCAACUGAAGACAGUAUGAGUAAUAGCGACCGAAGUAAUCAAUCUAGUAGCUCAAGCAUUCCAGACGAUAUUCAGCCCUCAGUAUGUUCAAAAGCACGUGAUCCAACUAAUAUUUUGGCUGAUUUGCACAUACCAUCGCAUAAAAUAAUUUUAGAUGACGUAAUUUUGCAAGGAACAUUCAGUCGGUUAUAUGGAGGUAAAAUGUUGGUGACGAUUCGCAGACACGGUGUAUUAACGAACGAGUGGAAAAAAGUGUUGGUCAAAACACUAACUGAAAAAGCCACAGAAGAACAAGUACGCGUUUUUAUAAAUGAUGCGUGUAAAUUUGUUGGUGUGAAACAUUCUCAAAUUGCAACUGUUAUUGCUGCUUCAGACAGUGUAAUUCACACUGACUCUUGUACAAAUCAUCAAACAGUAAUUCGACCAAUAUUAAUUUAUUCCAAUGCUAAAUAUAGUAAUUUGAAAUUGUUUCUUCAGAGAAAAUCUAAGGGUUUACAUGAUGGAAAACUAAGUCCAAAUAUGAUUUUGACAGCAACUCAGUUGAUUAAUAUGGGUUUACAAAUUCUAAGCGCAGUCGGCUAUUUACACAGCAUAAAUGUGAUACAUGAAGACAUUGCGACAAGAAAUUGUGUAAUAAAAGGCAAAACACGCAUAGCUCUAAGUGAUUCAGCUUUGAGCCGAGAUUUAUUUCCCGAGGAUUAUCAUUGUUUAGGUGAUAAUACAAAUCGUCCAGUGAAAUGGUUAGCACAUGAAGCCUUAAUUGAACGAAAGUAUAACAAAGCAACCGACGUAUGGUCAGUUGGAAUUACUUUAUGGGAAUUAAUUACAAAAGGUCAACAACCUUAUGCAAAUAUAGAUGCAUUUGAGAUGCCAGCAGUCCUGAGAUCUGGAUAUCGACUGAAAAAGCCACAAAAUUGUCCAGAUGAUUUAUGGAAAAUUAUAUACGCCUGUUGGAAAGCGAAUCCAUCUUCUAGACCGACAGUUAGUCAACUUAUUACAAGAUUAGAAGCAUUUAAAGUAGCUGUAACUAAUUACAUUUAAAUACUCAUCUACUUGAGAUUUUAUUUUGUUAUAAUAUACAAUAGAAUAUUUGUAAAUA